UAAAUCACCAUUUGUUAACAUAUGGUCAAUUUUGCAUAUGAUAAAUAAAUAAAAAGUUAUUGUUCACAUUCACCACCAUGAAAAUUUUCACGGCUCACCUAUUUUAACUUUACUAGUAAUUAUUAUUGGACUAUUACUGAAACAAUAAUUUUUACCGAUAAAUCAUCGUCAAGAGAAAUUUAUUACGAUGAGUUAUCAAAAUCAGUCGCAGAUUAUUGCCCCAACAUAUAUGGAUAUUCAAGACGGGUUACCUAUGCAAAAUUCUAAGGAACAAACUUUACUAUGGCAACAAAAUCAUUAUAUGGGAGAUUCUGGAAUACAGUCGGAGAUGAAUACACGAGCUCCAUCAAUGUCAGGGCAUCUGGCAAGUAUGGAUGAGAUGAAUACCACGCUCCAACCUCAUAAUCCAUCAAACAACUAUAACAAUGUCAAUUUGCAAAAUUACGAAUGGGGGCAAGACAUAAGUCAAGUACUUAAUCAGACUAGAGGACAAAGAAUCAGAGCAGCUAUGUUUCCUGAAACCAUGGAUGAGGGAAUGGAAAUACCCUCCACCCAUUUUGAAGGGGAAGAUAUGACUGCUGUUCAAAGAUUGGCAGAGCCUUCUCAAAUUCUCAAGCAUGCUGUUGGAAAUUUGAUCAAUUAUCAGGAUGACGCAGAACUAAGUUCCAGAGCCUUACCAGAGUUGGUAAAGCUGCUAACCAAUGCUUCCAAUGAUCCUAACUCAACAAACAUAGAUAAGAUUUUGGUGGGCAAGGCUGCCGCAUUGGUUCACAGACUCUCCAAGAAGGAAGCUGCAAGAAGGGCUAUUCUCCUCAACAAAAGUGCUGAUGAAUUGGUAUCAGCAUUGCUUAACGCAUUGAGCAGCACCUCCUAUUUUAACGUUGGGAACAAAGAUGGGACAAAUGCUGAAGGGAUGGGGGAGGAAGAGGAGGAAAACACCAACGAGAUCAUGAAAAGCUUGGUGGGUGCCCUUUACAAUAUAUCCCAUCACAAACAAGGUCUUGCAGCUAUAUUCAAAAGUGGAGGGAUACCAGCCUUGGUGAAGUUACUCAGCUCGCGGAUAGAAUCAGUCCUGUUUUAUGCCAUAACAACGAUCCAUAACCUGCUUCUCCAUCAAGAUGGCAGCAAGGCUGCUGUUCGGACUUGUGGCGGAAUUCAGAAAAUGGUGGAAUUGCUGAGGAAAGACAACGUUAAGUUUCUCGCCAUAACCACUGACUGCUUGCAGAUUCUCGCUUAUGGCAACCAAGAAAGCAAGCUGAUGAUUCUAUCCAAUGGCGGGCCUCUGGAACUUAUCCGCAUAAUGAGAACGUACAAUUACGAAAAGGUGUUGUGGACGACGUCGCGUGUUCUGAAGGUCUUGUCCGUUUGCCCCAACAACAAGCCCGCCAUCUUGCAAGCCGGAGGUUUGCAAGCUCUGGCCAUGCAUCUGAAUAACAACUCUCACAGGUUGGUGCAGAAUUGCUUGUGGGCCAUUAGGAACCUAUCGGACGCCGCCAUUAGACAGGAAAAUUUGGAUUCCCUCCUACAAACGCUGGUCAGAUUGUUGUGCUGCUCCGACAUCAAUUUCGUAAUUUGCGCUUCGGGGAUACUAUCCAAUUUCACUUGCAACAAUCAAAACAACAAGCUCGUCCUCUUCAACUGCGGGGGCGUUCAGGCGUUGUUGCAAGCGAUUCACGCUCAUUGGGACCGCGAGGAAAUCACUGAGACAGCCGUAUGCGCCCUUCGUCACGUGACUAGCAGGCACCUCGAGUGCGAAGCCGCGCAGAACGCUGUCAGGAUCCACAACGGGAUCCCCUUGUUGGUCAAGCUUCUCAACCCUAAUUCUUCCUCUUGGCCUCUGAUAAAAGCCGUGAUAGGGGUGAUUAGGAAUUUAGCCUGCUGCACUUCGAACCACCCCAUGCUGAGAGAACAGGGUAUCUUUCCCAAACUGGCUCAAAUACUCAUGCAUGCUCACCAAAACAUCCAGAGGAAACCUUCGAACAAUAACGAUGGGCCAAUGAACGCUAACAAUAACACCUACGUUAUCAUGGAAGAGAUCGUGGAGGCUUGCGUUGGCGCGUUGCACGUGCUGGCUAGGGAAGCUAUCAACAGGGCCUUUAUAAGGGAACUCAACAUUAUCCCAGUUUUCAUCCAGCUCCUCUACAGCGAGAUAGAAAAUAUUCAAAGGGUGUGCGCAGGCGUGUUAUGCGAGCUGGGGGCGGAGAAAGAGGGCGUUGAUCUCAUCGAAGCCCACGGUGCCGCCCCACCCCUCACUGAUCUCCUUCACUCUCGGAACGAGGGCGUCGCCACUUACGUAGCAGCCCUUCUCUUCAGGAUGUCGGAAGACAAACCCCAAGAAUAUAAGAAAAGACUUUCCCUAGAACUUACCACAUCGCUCUUCAACCCCCCUCCUCCUCCUGGCCCACCUGGCCAAAUCGAUCACAGUUCUAAUAACCCCCAAAUUAUGAAUCCCUCUAACUGGCCCCAACACAAUAUGCCAGAAUACAUGGGGUCUCCCCAAAUGCUCCAUACCAUUUAUCCUCACCAAGGAUCUCCGCACAUGCCACAAGCUAAUCACCCGUACCAGCAUUUACAGAAUCCUAAACUUCAACAUUCGAUGCAGCGAGGCCCGCACAUGUCGCAACAGCUGAUUCCUCAAACCUAUUCCAACGGGACCGCCAGAAUGGUUGGCGGACAACUCUUGGAAAAUAAUGGCGGAUGGGCAGGCGGACCUGAUAUAGGAAAUAAUAGCAACGCGGGCCCUAAUCUGCUUUUGCUCGGAGGCACUGGAGGAGAUUCUAACGGAAUCAUGAUGCCAAAUGGUGGCGGUGGAAAUUCUAGGAUAGAUAUGAUGGAUUUCAACGCCAACGGGCAACAACACCAUCACGUGAUGAACCAAGUGGGGGCCAACAACAUGCCCCACCACCAGCAUCACCAAUCCCCGUACACUCAGCCCCCGUCCCAGCUACCCGCCAGCUGGUUCGAUACCGAUCUCUGAAGGGGGGGUCAUCAUUUUUUUUCUUUCUCACAUCUCCUCAACCCCCCCCCCCCCUUUACCUCUUAUUAUUUAUUUCAUUUAAUAUAUUUUCGCAAUUAUAAACUUAUUAAUUUAAUUUAUAAAAGAUUUAAAGAUUUUUAAUUAUUCCACCACCUGAUAAAUAAAUGUUUUCUCCUUUUUUCUUCUUUAUCCGAUAAUUAGCACUUCUUGAACACCAUAUGCAUUGUAAAAAAAUUUUUAAAAAUUCUUGAUAAAUAAUUACUCCCCCCCCCCCAAAAAAAA